AGCUGGGCCCGGGCGCUCCGCCCAUCACCCUUCCACCAGCGUAACGGGGAGGAGGGGGAGAGUGCGGCCCGGGGCUCCCCCGCAGCGGGCUUGGCCUCCCGGUAAGCGCUGGGGGCUGUUGUCCGUCUCGAUCCGCCUCUGACACGCCUCCCCCUGUUUUCUUCUCUGUCCGUGAACCGCGGAAGGCGCCGAUCCCGCCCCGGCCAUGCUGGUGAGCAGGAGGGUGAGGCGCCUCUUGCGGCUGGUGCCUGGGAAGCGGCGCUUCGGCGUGUACAGGUUCCUGCCCUUCUUCUUCCUCCUCGGGGGAGCGAUGGAGGGGUUCAUGAUCAACGUCCGCAUCGGCAAGGAGACCUUUUAUGAUGUUUACCGCAGGAAACGAUCUGAAAGACAAUAUGAGGCAAGGAUGGGAAAAAAUGAAUUUUAGCUGAAAUGUUUCAAGGGGAAGGUCCUGAAUACUUUCAACUGUGUUAAUAUCAAAGAAGCAUCAGUGCCAUGCUGAUGGUAGGGGAAGAUUUUGUCUCUGCAAGAUGAAGUGUAAUCCACAAGUGUGUGUAAGACACUCUCAGAUGACUUUGGCAGUUUUAUUCUUCCAUCUACUUCACAUCUUUAAUAUUUUGUAUUUAAGCCAAAUACAACAGUGAAAAUUUCAUUGUGUUUAGGCAUCCACCUCUUAUUUAAUGUUUGCUUAGUACUUUUAAAUAAACUAAACUGAGUAAACA